UGGGGGUGGGUAGCGGUGGGGGAGCGGUAGGCUGAGGAUCGGAGGCAUGAUCUGUGGGAUCUAUUGUUUCCUGGCACUCUGUGAGGAAAAACAAAGGGAUUUAUUAGCACUACCCUGUCAUUUUUUUCUUCUCCUUUUUUAAAUGUGGCCAGGGAGCUCGGCUCUCCCCGUGCCACACUGGGAUCCGCCUGGCAGCCGCUGGGAGCCGCAGCCAGUGUGUUAGGACUUCAGGUGCUUCCUGGCACAAAGCUAGACUGCGACCUCCUACCAUAGCGCUUGGCGUCACCUGCUCUCCCGGCCCUGCCCCUGCCCGGGGCCGAGGGAUUGCGUCCCGAACCAGGCUUGGGAAUCCGCUGCCUCUCAAAUGAACCUCUAGUCUUGCUUUGAAAAAGCCAUUUUGUGUAACUCUUGACUGAAUAAUUUCCUAAUACACCUGUUGGGAGGAUUACUGACACAGUAUGCCAUUUGAGAGGUACUUUUUCUUGACCAAAUACUGGUGAUUAGAGAAGAGAGGUUUUCUGUUUUUUUUCCCCCCUGAUCAUUAUGAACAUUGGUUUUUCACCCCUGAAGUAAAAAUGUUGAAAACCGAAUCUUCAGGUGAACGUACCACUCUCAGAAGUGCCUCUCCUCACAGGAAUGCAUAUAGAACUGAGUUCCAGGCACUGAAAAGUACCUUUGACAAACCCAAGUCCGAUGGGGAACAAAAAGCAAAAGAAGGUGAGGGUUCCCAGCAGAGCAGGGGACGGAAAUAUGGCUCCAAUGUCAACAGAAUUAAAAAUCUGUUUAUGCAGAUGGGUAUGGAACCCAGUGAGAAUGCCGCAGUCAUUGCCAAAACAAGGGGGAAGGGUGGACCUUCAUCCCCCCAGAGAAGAAUGAAGCCCAAAGAAUUUCUGGAAAAAACAGAUGGCUCAGUUGUUAAGUUGGAGUCCUCUGUUUCAGAACGAAUUAGUAGAUUUGAUACAAUGUACGAUGGCCCUUCAUAUUCUAAGUUCACAGAAACUCGCAAGAUGUUUGAGAGAAGUGUGCAUGAGUCAGGACAAAACAACCGCUAUUCCCCAAAGAAAGAGAAAGCUGGAGGGGGUGAACCUCCGGAGGAGUGGGGUGGUUCCAAGUCCAACAGAGGCAGUACCGAUUCCUUGGACAGCCUUAGCUCCCGGACAGAGGCUGUCUCCCCAACUGUGAGUCAACUGAGUGCAGUAUUUGAGAACACCGAUUCCCCCGGUGCCAUCAUUUCCGAGAAGACUGAAAACAACGAAUACUCGGUGACUGGGCAUUAUCCCCUGAAUUUACCAUCUGUUACUGUUACAAAUCUUGACACCUUCGGGCACCUUAAGGAUUCUAAUUCUUGGUCUCCUCCAAGUAAACACAGUGAUGAUGCAGAGGAUGCUGAGAAGAGUAAUGUAAUUCCAGUACUAGAAGUGGCUUCGAAAAGUACCUCUCUAGCUUCAGUGCCUAGUGAGGAGGCAGAGCAGAACAAGGAAGCCGAGGACUCCACAUCUAACCAAGAGUCUUCUGACAGAAUUGACAGAGACUUUCCUGAAGAACCUUGUGCUGAAAACAAGGCAGUGCCAGAGUCUGAAAUCCCUUCACCACAAAACGAACCUUCAGAAGACGCAGAAGCUAAUUUGGUUGGGAGUGAGGCAGCAAUGCAACAGAAGAAAGAUCUUGCAGGUGGUGAUUUUACCUCUGCUGUUGUUUCUAGAUUUGCCUGUGGAAAGGAACUACUGGAAGAUUCACAUCAUUUUGGGAGUUCCCAUGUUUACAUGCACAGUGACUAUAAUGUAUAUAGGGUAAGAUCCAGGUAUAAUUCUGACUGGGGAGAGACAGGCACUGAACAAGAUGAGCAGGAGGAUAGUGAUGAAAACAGUUACUAUCAACCUGAUUUGGAAUACUCAGAAAUUGUUGGAUUGCCAGAAGAAGAAGAUAUCCCAGCAAAUAGGAAAAUUAAGUUUAGUAGUGCUCCAAUUAAGGUCUUCAGUACAUACUCCAAUGAAGACUAUGACAGGAGAAAUGAUGAAGUUGACCCCGUGGCAGCUUCGGCUGAGUAUGAACUUGAAAAGCGUGUAGAAAAGCUGGAACUUUUCCCAGUGGAAUUAGAGAAAGAUGAGGAUGGACUUGGUAUAAGUAUUAUUGGAAUGGGUGUUGGAGCAGAUGCUGGUCUUGAAAAGCUGGGCAUAUUUGUCAAGACAGUAACAGAAGGUGGUGCUGCUCAGCGUGAUGGCAGAAUACAGGUCAAUGACCAGAUUGUGGAAGUAGAUGGAAUCAGCUUGGUGGGUGUCACACAGAAUUUUGCUGCAACGGUUCUCAGAAACACCAAGGGCAAUGUGAGAUUUGUUAUUGGGCGAGAAAAACCAGGACAAGUGAGUGAGGUUGCCCAGUUGAUAAGCCAGACGCUGGAGCAAGAAAGGCGCCAGAGAGAGCUGCUUGAACAGCAUUAUGCUCAGUAUGAUGCCGACGAUGAUGAGGUAACCAUGGAGGAUUUCAGUAAACCCCUCAGACAGUCAACACUAUCUCAUGAAAUUCUGGGGAACACUGUGGCUGAAUUGCAAGGAGUGUCUGGCAACUGCAAUAACAAUAACAACUAUUUUCUUAAGACAGGAGAAUAUGCCACAGAUGAAGAGGAAGAUGAGGUAGGACCUGUUCUUCCUGGCAGUGACUUGGCCAUUGAAGUCUUCGAGCUGCCUGAGAACGAGGACAUGUUUUCCCCUUCAGACCUGGACACAACCAAGCUCAGUCACAAGUUCAAAGAGUUGCAAAUCAAACAUGCAGUUACAGAAGCAGAGAUUCAGAAAUUGAAGACCAAGCUGCAAGCAGCAGAAAAUGAGAAAGUGAGGUGGGAGCUAGAAAAGACGCAACUCCAACAGAAUAUAGAAGAGAAUAAAGAAAGAAUGUUAAAGUUGGAGAGCUAUUGGAUUGAGGCUCAAACGUUAUGCCACACAGUGAAUGAGCACCUAAAAGAGACCCAAAGCCAGUAUCAGGCCUUGGAAAAGAAAUACAAUAAAGCAAAGAAACUGAUCAAGGAUUUUCAGCAAAAAGAACUUGAUUUCAUCAAAAGACAGGAAGCAGAAAGAAAGAAAAUAGAAGAUUUGGAAAAAGCUCAUCUCGUGGAAGUUCAAGGCCUUCAAGUACGGAUUAGAGAUUUGGAGGCUGAGGUGUUCAGGCUACUGAAGCAAAAUGGGACUCAAGUUAACAAUAACAACAACAUCUUUGAGAGAAGGACAUCUCUUGGUGAAGUCUCAAAAGGAGAUAGCAUAGAGAACUUGGAUGUCAAGCAGACAUCUUGUCAUGAUGGCCUGAGUCAAGACUUUAAUGAAGCAGUCCCAGAGACAGAGCGCCUGGAUUCAAAAGCACUGAAAACCCGAGCCCAGUUGUCUGUGAAGAAUAGACGCCAGAGGCCCUCUAGAACAAGACUCUAUGAUAGUGUCAGUUCAACAGAUGGGGAGGACAGUCUGGAGCGAAAGCCUUCAAACAGUUUCUAUAACCACAUGCACAUUACCAAAUCACUUCUGCCUAAGGGUUUGAGAACUUCUCCAGAAUCAGAUUCUGGUGCUCCAUCCCUCACUCCAGUGGCUGGCAGUGUGCCCUUCUCAUCUGACCACAUAGCUGAACUUCAGGAAGGACCACUGCACCUAGAAAGGGAGCCUUCUUCCUCUCCUGGGGGAGGUACUUCACUCUCCUCCCCUUCGAAAUCUGAACAUGAUAAUGAAGAAUCUCUUUGCCACCAUCAAGCCACCACCAAGAAGAUACUACAAGAAAAAGAUGGUGCCACAGGUCCCAGAUCACUAAGGGCAUCUAGUUCAUUGGUGGUGAGAGGAGGAAAAAUUAAGCGAAAGUUUGUGGAUCUGGGGGCACCUUUGCGAAGGAGUUCCAACAAGGGAAAGAAAUGGAAAGAAAAAGAGAAAGAAGCCAAUAGGUUUUCUCCAGGUGGCAGGAUCUUCAGAAGCAGGCUGGAACCCUGGAAACCGAAGCCAGCCUCCAUGUGCUCAACUGGCCUGCCUUUCUCAUGGUUUAACGAAAGCCGGAAAGGAUCCUAUUCCUUCAGGAACCUGCCUUCACCUAAAAGUCCCCUACAGCCUUCUCCUGAAACUCUAAUUUCAGAUAAAAAGGGGUCUAAGAAUUUUACCUUCACCGAUGACUUCAGUCCCAGCAGUACCAGCUCAGCAGACCUGAGUGGCCUGGGAGCAGAACCCAAAACACCUGGGCUUUCUCAGUCCUUGGCGCUCUCAUCAGAUGAGAGCCUGGAUAUGAUAGAUGACGAGAUCCUUGAUGAUGGACAGUCUCCCAAACACAGUCAGUAUCCGAAUCGGGCCGUUCAUGAAUGGAGCGUGCAGCAGGUUUCCCACUGGCUAAUGAGCCUAAAUCUGGAGCAGUAUGUCUCUGAAUUCAGUGCCCAAAACAUCACUGGAGAGCAACUCCUGCAGUUGGAUGGAAAUAAACUUAAGGCUCUUGGGAUGACAUCAUCCCAGGACCGGGCAGUGGUCAAAAAAAAGCUCAAGGAAAUGAAGGUGUCUCUAGAGAAGGCUCGGAAGGCUCAAGAGAAAAUGGAAAAACAAAGAGAAAAGCUGAGGAGGAAGGAACAAGAGCAAAUGCAGAGGAAGUCUAAGAAGACAGAGAGGAUGGCAGCUGCUACAGAGGGUGCUGGUGAGCAGUAAGACACCAAGAGAAGUUUCCACCUCUUCCUGCCCUGCUCUCCUCCGGAGGAUGAAGAAGAAACUGAUGACAGGGUAACUUGUUCUUUGGCAGACUGGGGAACCGUGUGUUCAACCACUGCAUUUUCUGCAUUAAUAGAAUACACUCUUUAAUUUUCACCUACUGAAAUAAUCCCGUACCACCUUCGGCCUAGUAAAAAACCAAGGAUCUCGUUGGUGAGGGAUGCAAGAUAGCAGUGUCUCUCUCUUCUUUAGGGUGUGUAGGUGGUGUCACUUGAAGAACCACUGUGACCCUGGCCAGCAGGAGCAUAACACACCCUGGCACUGUCAGUGGAGCUCCAUGCGCUUUCAGUGUGGGAUCCUGAAACUGGGCAGUGGCUCAUAUCUGCAUGGCCGAGAAUACCACUCUGCCAUGAGAUCUGGGCUGCAGAAUCCACUCCAGUGUGUGGGAAAGUUCCCCCUCAUUUCUGUGUCUGGACAGUGAGACAACCCCACUGUAGAAAUGUGGGUACUCUGCCACAUAAUUACUUACUAUGUCAAAAAGCAAGCAAACUCUUCUGCUUGCUGGGCAUCAAGAAGAGAAAACGAAUCACUUUUGUUAACCCCAGAAGGAAGCAAAAGCCUUAAGAAUGUGAAUGUGGGUAUUACAUUGGGGUUCUGAGGGUAACAUUUAUCCUCCAGAUUUAGCCAAACAAAGAAAAAUUCAGAUGCUAAUACAGCCAUGGGAUGUGGGGCUCUGUUGUUUACUUUGCUACUGCUGCACGUUCAGUAUUUCAGCAACACCGACACACAACGCAGUUCCUUUUUCCCCCAACAAAUUGAACACAAAAUUGAUUUUUAAGGAAACCAACAUUUUCAGGUUUCCUCUCCUGGGGAGCAUUCUGGCUGGUCUUCAGCCUAUGACACAGUAGGGAACUCAUCACAUAUUUUCUACUCAAGAGUUCCCACGUGGGCUCAGUUACCAUUUUAACAAAUAUACUUUUAAGGAAAAUAGAAAUACCAGUUAAAGUUAGAUUUGACUAACAUUCAACCAGAGAAGCAAUUUUCUUGAGCACACAGAAUGUUCCCGUAAAGGAGGGCUGUCAGUUAUAUUUUUGAGAUGUUUUGAAUGGUUUUUCUGAGCCAUUCUCUUCCAUUCUUUAGAGAUUUCCACUUUACAGUUAAAGUUUAAGAUGGUACACAGGAUACAGUCUAGCAGUGCAGGCAGUUAUACUCAUUUUAAAGCCAGUAUUAAGAAUUUCAGUAUUUCGUCAAACUAAUUCAAAUGCAGGAGACUGGGGCAGAAGGAGAAGAAAAUAAACUCAUCCUCAGAAAUUUCAAGUGAUAGAUUUGUUGUUGUAGUUGUUGUUGUUGUUGUUGAUGUUGUUGUUGUUUUGCUUUUUAUGCUCAUGUAUCUGGUUCUCUUUGCUGCAUUGGCUGUAAAAACAAGGUCAUCCACUUUCCAGAGGACCAGUUUCAAAAUAAGAGUUGAGGCCAUAUGAAUCCUUGGACAAGUAUUUUACUUCCUUUACUCCACUGGGGAUUCUCUGUCCUUAUCUUCCACUGGAGGUGUUCUACACACAGAGCUUAGGGGAAGGCUUUUGAAGGUUACAAGUAACAGGUAAUGUAAAGGGGCUCCUGCCCACGUAGCUCCAUCUUGUAUUUUGAGCAUGGUGUUUUCUGUUUUUUGUUUUUCUGCUUGUUUGAAUAUUUGAAAUCUGGAAUUAUCUAAGCUAGAAAUUUAUAAUUCUGUUCUUCCCCAAGGCCUACUUCCUUUUCAGUGACAGAGUAUUAUCUGUUAAGUUCCAGUUCAGCUCCUUCAUCACUAGAUAUAGGCCAUUCAUUUGAUCCUCAGAAGUAUUGACAUAAAGUAACAUGGUAUUCUACAGUUAUCCAAGUCACUACCUAAUUUUUCUGUCUUUAUUUGGGAUAUGAUAAUGAAACUGCCAUACUAGAUACUCUAUUAAUAUUUUGAGAUGUGUGGUGCUUUGCUAUUUAUUAAUAUCGUGAGAAACAAAGAACCACUAUCAAUGAACAACAUUCAACAAAUCUUUUCUAAUACUAGAAAAGACUAAAUUAGUCAAAAUCUGUUAAUGCUAGUUAUAAAUUUUUGCCAUUUUUGCUUAUCUUUGGGGAAAAAAGUGAUGUGGAUCACACUGGAAGUUUCACUGUAUUCAUUUUAAGGGUGGAAAUGGAAGGGUGAUUAUCUUAUGUUUACACUUUGGUAAUAUAUGAAAAUGGAUGUAUAUACUGGAAAUGUCUAUAAGUCUCAGUCUCUGCACAUAAUUUAUGAUCUAUUAUAUUGCUUUUUCUCAAAUGUCUUAGAAGUAUUGUUCUUUAACUUUAUUUGUUGUUUAGAUCAGUGACCAACUGAUAAUAUUAUAAAUCAAAUUCUUAUUCCUCAAAUCAUUUAGUUUGUAUUAUAAUUGUUUUGAUUUUUAAGUUAUAGUAAUUUUAGUUCUUCUUGAGUUAUUUUAACAUUACUAAUUAAAACUGCAGAAAUGUCUUUGAUUGUCCAACAAAGGAUAAAAUGUGAGCCGAUCGAUAAAAGGGUAUGAAAACAAAGUGAAGGACAUCAGAUCUUGUGAACAUUUUGUUUUCCUAUUAUUUCCUUUAUUGGCUCUAGUGCAUGAUGCCUAAUUGAGAUUCGUAUUUUACACAGCUCCUACUUUGAUGCUAGUCGUUUUCAGUGUCCUUACAAUUUAACAGAAUUAUUGCUUCAUGAACCUUAAAGACUUUGUAGUUAUUUAUUUAUUUAUUUAGAAAAUGAACAAAAAGGGAAUACCUGGUUAUUAUGAACUAUGUUCCCUAAACAACAGCUCGGUAUGAUUCUAACAAUAGCCAAAAGUGUUUUUGGGAUACAGGUAAUGCUUUUGGGGGCAGGCAGUUGUGGUGAGGCCAAGCUGUAGACAGAGAGCAUUGUCUGAGCUGAGUGUCUGAGGCAGGGUGUUCCACUAAAAGACUCUCUCCCUUAAAGUAAUUCACAAUUUACGUAACAGUUUUCUCUCUCUCUCUCUCCCUUUCUUUUCUUUCUUUUUUUUUUUUUUUUUUUUUUGGCCUGAAUCAGAAGUUUACUACAGAGGGAUAAGUUAGGGUGAAAACCUAGUCUUGCUCAUUCUAACACACUGAUGAAGAUCACCGUUAGUUUCAUGACAACAAGGCUAUGCUAUGGUCUCCUCCUUCAGCUGGGGUUGACAUGGAUUUCCCACCCUCAACAUCCCAUAAGCAUUUUCAACCCACAGCAGUUCAUGAUUGCAGUGUGGUAGGUGCUCAUUCCACACACCACUUCUAGGAGGCGUGAAAUGGGAACCUACCUUGUGCUUCUCUGUGUUGGAAACAAAGAGACAAGAGAACAAGGAACCAAACAAACUGUUGCUUUUUAUCUAUCUUCAUCAUCGCUACCCUGGAAUCUUAAGAUUCUACAGGCCCAAGCCAGGUCGUUUGAUCCAGCACUUUAAUUUGCCUUUAUGGUUUUUAUUGAAGACACAUAAUUCUUGGCUAGGUUCUUUGUGUAAUAGGAUUAACAUGUGCUCUUAAAUGAUAAAUGAAAAUUCAUUUAUCUAACUCAUUUACAAGUGUUAAAAAUUACAGACCAAGCUGCCAGAGAGGAGAACCCAGUUUUUGACUGUAGUAUUCAAGCCGUUUCAAAAGGGGUUGCCCCAGCCAUUCUAGAAGGAAUGUCUGUGCUUCAAAUGUGAUGUAGCUCCUUCAUUACAUGGAGCUAUUUCAGAAUUUCCAACCUCCAUUUGAGUAACUAAAUUUACUGUCCCAAUAGAGCCGCACUUGAGGGGCAUUUCAACUUGGUGGGCAAUGGUCAUGAACUAGGGUUCAUGUCACCUAUGUAACACCAAGUCCUUAGUGCUUUCUGAAUGAAGAGGUAAAAUGAAAAGGAAAAGCCCAGUUUUUAAAAUAUCUUUUCCAACUUACCUUUAAUCAAAGGACUACCUCUGCAUUGUUCUGAAGCUAAACAUUUAAGGAUGAAGUUCAGAAAUAAAAUGUUCAUAUUUUCUAUUAGAAUUGCUUUCAUUAUGAUGUUGGAGGUAGGGAGUAAAUUCUCAAGAAGAAGCAGGGUUAUAAAAAAUACGAAUAUGCUUCAUUAAUUCAAUCCUGAAGAAUACCCUCAUAUGCAGGCAGAUCUUGUUUAUCUUUGUCUUAGGCAUUUAAAGUCUCAGGAAACUUAGUCUUGGUCCAAAACACUGGGGAAAACAAAUCACAGGAGAUAGUAUACCAGUAGUAUUUAAAGUAGCAGCAAGAAUAAACCCAAUCAAGAAGUAAAAGGGAAAAGAAAAAGCCUACAGAAGGAAUUUCUCCUGGAAAAUGGAAAUAUGAGUUUCCACCGUAUGCUUCGCAGAGGGUCCUUACAUGCUCUAGUGUGGGUGUCUAUGUGAAUGUGUUGAGAGGAUGGUGGUUCCUCGAAGGCUCAUACCUUUGAGUGUAUGGACCAAAAGUGGAGUGUGACCUGAAUCCGGAUCUACAGCAUGUAGGGAAGGAAAGAAAGGUGAUGAUUUCCAGUCCUUGGCCCCACCUCAGCCCCAGCUCCCAAACCACUAGGGAUUCAAGAAUGAAUAAGGUAAGGAAUUAGAGAACAAGAGGCAAUUUCUCAAGAAUGUGCAUGCCGUUUGUGUAGAUGUACAGAACUACGUAUGUAUGAAUAUAUCCCCCCCCCAGUACAUGCACACAUACUGCAACCUCAUGGCAUAAAAAUAUAUCUUGUAUAUGAAACUUGGUAAUGUCAGAUAGGACCCUGAGCAGUAUCAUAGCCUUAUUGCCAUUUUGUGUGUGUGUGUACAUUGAAUGGCUCAUGAGAUUUUAAGAGAUUUUUUAAUGUAUUUCUACUAAAUGCAUUUAUCCUUCUACAUGUUUAUAUAUUUUGGUAAAAUGGUUUAUUAGAUAUUUGGUAUUUUAGUAAGAUGAAAUUUCCUCACAUGUUUGGUUAAUGCUUUGAUGUCAAGAUUGCACAUUGCUGAGUUGAAGCUCAGAAGUGUAUGCAGCUUUGGGCAUUUUCAACUGCAGACUGCAGUUUCCUUGGCUGAAAAUUGCAUUGUGUGUUCUGGUGCAUUUGCUCAUGCUCUAAAAUGACAUUUGGUCGCUGUGAUGCUUAAGUCACUAAUUACUGGGUCUCUGAUGGCAGUGUUGCUAUCACAUGACCAUGUAUUUACUUCUUUUGCAAAGUGAUGACAUGGCUAGGUCAUCACCAAAUAUAACACAAGAGGAUAUGAGCGUGAGUAUGUUGUUGGAAGGUGUAUGCUUCUGUUCCCUUCAGCGAUCGUCACACACCUCGGUUUCCUGUUAAGAAUAUAAUCUUUCAUCCAUGAAAGAACAAUUGGCCAAAACUCAUUAAAUUACUUUCAGAAGUGGGAAUUAAGAGGCACUCCAGCUAGAUAACACCUCCCAACAACAUCAGAUUUAGUUAGUGCUUAGUGACUACUCUUAAAUAUAUAUGUAUGUGUUUUCCUUAAUAUUAUUUAUCGUCAUCACUACUGCUUUUGUACCUUUUAAUGGUGUUGCAGUUAAACCACUAGUACACUUGCUACAAAUCACUAACAAAACCGGCCAGCUGAAAGGAGAGAAAAAGAGAGUGAAUUCUAUUCCAUUGGAGAGAAGCUGAUUUAUUUCAAUCCUUCUUUAUGUAUCACUGAAGGAAAAGAGUUGUUUGGAAAUCAUUUUAAGUCCAAUAAGUAUGGAUAGCAUGUUAUCUGAAAAUUUUAAUUUGUACAUUUUGGUGUUCGAUCAUUUGCAUGGAAGAGACAAUAGUGCCACGUCUGGAUUGUUCUCUUGUGCUUGGUUAAUAUGUACUUCUCUAGAUUGUUCCGUUCAAAACGACAUUUCUUACUCUAUGGUUUUCAGAGGCAUUCAAAGCAAAAUAUCGCAGUGGUCCUUUGUUUUCUGACCAAUCUAAAAAUAUCUGUGAUUAAAUUUAAUUUGUUAGUGUAAAUAAAUUUCUUGCCAAUGAGUAUUGUUGUUGUUAGACAACGAAUGCAAUAAAAAGAGAAAUACUAA